AUGAAAAACUUCUGCGAAAAUGCAUGUUUCAUAACGGACGAGGAAUAUUCGAAACUCAGGCCAAACUCGGAGCUGUACACCGGCGACGCUUCGCUUAAGGUCGAGGACGCAGCUGCCGUUGACGACGCGCAACUGUUUUACGAUGUUUACAGCAAGAACCAGCCAGCGAGCGUUAAUGAAACCGGAGUGCAGACCUCCUUCCAGCAGGAUAACAGUGUUGAUGUAGCAGUCGGAACUCCGCGGGACAGCGCAGAGCAAAUGGCCGCAACCGAGGUUGAGAAACAGGAUGGUGAAGGAGAAGGCGAAAUGCAAAUGACAGGAGAGCAAUCGGCGCCUAUUGUGGCAGAAGAAACGGGUGAGGUGACAGAAGAAAUGAAAGCUAAGCAAGUGGCGGCGACGGAAAGGCUUAACAUGAUAGGCGGACCCAUGAAAAUUGAUUCCAACAACCCGGACAUAUUCAAGAUUGGAGGUGUACCCACUCUGUUCUACACCAAAACCAGGGACACGCCGACUCUAGUCAUGUUGACCAUCGAUUACGAAAUGCAAGUCAUAUACUUGAGCAGGAACGACAUCAACAGGUUCUUCCCGGUCAAACUCAUCAGCAGGCUCGUGACCAAUACGGCGAUCAUAGCGGAGGAGUUCGAAAAGCAAAUAGAAGCCGACAAAGGCAUCAAACUAGACAACACUAUCGUCCUAAAUGCAGCAAACUUCACAGACUCAGUCGCCAUCCAGUUCCCAGACCCUAUAUUGAAGGACAGGUUCAUAGAAGACCUCAAGCAACUCAAAAACGAAAUUCGCGCACAAAACCAGUAA